CUUCAUACACUGCUUUUCGUUUGUAACAAAUUAACAAAAGGUUCAAACUAGAAAACCACAAGUGUCAGUGAAACCAUAGCCAUCAGAAAGCCAGAGUUAAACUGCUGACAAAAGCACAAGACACGUAGGGAGAGGCACAUUGGGAAAUGCCCUCUUCUAGACUCCCAAUGCCAACCUAACAUCUGUAAACUGUGGCACAGUUCAGAGGGCCCCAUUGUUGCACCAUAAUAGAGAUUGCAUUGUGUUUCUGUGAAUUCUUCCAUUUGAAGGUUUCUUGCAGUCUACUAGCCAUUAGAUAGCCACACACGGCCCAGUGGGGAGGUAGGGCGCUUAUAGCUUGCUAACUGUGAGCAAAGUGUGUGAGAACUUGGUUCACCCUCAGUGCUGUGUGUGGGGUAUUGGAGAAGAGCUCGUUGAAAAUGCAAUAGUAAGUUACUCAGCAGCAUAGGUUAGUAUUUUAUAAACUGCAAAUGAGUUUAAGUUUGGAAAUGAGUAACUGUUACUCUUGGCUAAGACAGACCAAAGUCUGUCCAUCUCCUAGCCAUUUUCUUCAGGCUUUUAAAGGUCGUGUGUGCUUUGAUGCAUAUGAGGGAUGGCUUGGUUUCCACUGAGAGGAGGAUUUUUUAAAUUUAUUUUUAGGUUUUUAAAAAUAAACUUUAUUAAUUCACUUUAAAAACAAUACAAUAAAAAAGAUCAGUACAAUUUCUUCCCAAAUCUUAUUACAUAAAUCAAAACCUCGUAUAUAAAUAAAAUCCACUUCCAAACUUUAAUACAUCGCUUACCUCUCAAACUCUCAUUUCUUGCGUUACAGUUAUCCUGAAACCUAUCUUUUUAUUCAUUCCUUUCUUAUCACAUUUCUCUUGUAAUUCCCCUGUGAUCCCCUAGGCUAAGCAAACCACUAAUUCUGUUUUUAUAUUUUUCUUCCUAAAAUAAUCAUCUACAUAUUCCCAUUUUUAGUUAGUCUUUGUUUUGGUACAUUCCUUAUUGCGGCAGUCAUUCUAUCCAAAUUCAUAAACUCCACAAGUUUAUGAGAGGAGGAAAAUUAUGUGCCUGAUCUUUGUAAUGUACAGGGUCUAUUUACAAGGAAUGAGUUGUCAUCAUAAUGACUGUUUUGCUCCUAAAAGAAGAAGUGAGCAAUGGUGUAGUUGCUUGUUACAUCUGAUGUGAAGGAGACUGCUCAGAAUUGUAAGGGCUCCUUUGUCGACUCAUGCAGGAAAACAGCCUUGAUUUACUGUUUUAGCAGAUCAAAGGUCAAAUUUCUGGGAUGCCUUGGGCGGAGUCUUACCUUGGGAGCCCAUAUGUUGAUGGGUCUCUUGGAAUGUGAAAUAGCUCAGGAACUGAUACUUAAAUAGCACCAGCCUCUUCCAGUGUCAGAGAGAGGCAAACUGGGAAAACAGAGAGAAGGGCUUUGCCAUGAUCCAGGAGAAGUUGAUAGAGAUCCUGCCCAGGGAUGGAAUAUAUCCUCAGGCUGCUCUUGCUGUUGCCUGUGGUUCGGCAGCAGCGGUUGUGGUUUGGAAAUGGGUGGCCCGCAAAAGGAUUCUGCAGAAGAUGGAAGAGGCCAGGCAAUGGCGAGACGACAGCUUGGAACAAAUGGAAAAAGUGAUUUGGAAAUUUAAACAGAAGAACCCUGGAGUCCAGUCAGAAUUUAUUCUCUCCCUGUCGCUUGUGGAACUGGCAGAGAAACUUAGAGAGGAGACACUUUCUCCAGAGAGUGUCCUGUAUACCUAUGUAAAGAAGGCUCUUGAAGUGACCCAGGAGGUGAACUGUGUGACCGAUUUUAUUCACGGUUGUGAGGAACAGCUCCAGGAAGUGAAGAAGCAAAAGGAGAAAGGCCUGCUGUAUGGGAUUCCUGUCAGCAUUAAGGACCAUAUUGGAUGCAAGGGCCACAUCUCCACGUGUGGGUUGGUGCACUUUCUCGGCAAAGUGGAAAAGGACGACAGUGUGAUAGUAAAAGUUUUGAAGAAACAGGGGGCAAUACCAUUUGUGAAGACCAACAUUCCCCAAAGCAUGCUUAACUAUGACUGCAGCAACUUAAUCUUCGGUCAGACAAUCAAUCCCCUGAACCACAAGAAAAGUCCCGGUGGUUCCUCUGGAGGGGAAGGGGCACUCAUUGCAGGAGGAGGGUCCCUCUUGGGCUUUGGGACAGACGUCGCUGGAAGCAUUCGGCUCCCAUCAAGUUUCUGUGGGCUUUGUGGACUCAAACCAACUGGUAAUCGACUGAGCACUCUUGGUCUUGCUACCCCUAUUGGUGGUAUGAAGUCGGUUACAGCAACAAUUGGCCCAAUGGCAAGGGAUGUGGAUAGCCUGGUUCUGUGCAUGAAGGCGCUCCUGUGUGAUGAGUUAUUCUCCCUUGAUCCUUCAAUACCACCUAUGCCAUUCAGAGAGGAGAUAUACAGCAGUUCAAAGACCCUACGGAUUGGAUACUAUGAAGACGAUGGCUAUAUCCAGCCAUCUCCCAGCAUGAGGAGGGCUGUUCGGGAAACCAAAAAUCUUCUUCAACUCAGAGGGCAUACACUCAUCCCCUUUGUUCCUCCUCGGCUUAAUUAUGUGGUUGAUGAGCUCUACACCAAAGGCCUAUUUUCCGAUGGAUGUGCACAUUUGCUGGACAAGUUCAAAGGAGACAUUGUGGACCCAAAUUUGAAAUCCCAGAUUAAUUGUUACCGUCUUCCCAUUCUAGUGAAGAGAAUUUUUGCAUUCCUCUUGAAACCUAUAUACCCUCGGAUUGCCAGAGAUCUCAAUGCGCUAUGUGGAGUUGGGUCAGCAAAAAACCUAUGGAACCACAAUGUGGAAGUAGCGAUGUAUCGUCAAGAAUUCCUCGCCGAAUGGAGGAAACUGAAACUGGAUGUCAUUCUCUGCCCUGCUUUGGGUCCAGCGUUCAAUGAAGGCUAUCCCGGGAAACUAUUUGCUGCUACAUCCUACACCAAUUUAUACAACCUCCUGAACUUCCCUGCUGGAGUUGUGCCAGUCACCACUGUUUCCCAUGCUGAUGAAGAAGAGCUCAAACACUACAGAGGGCAUUAUGGUGACCCUUGGGACAAGCGCAUGAAAGAGGCUGUCAGCGAUGCUGUUGGGCUCCCUGUGGCUGUCCAGUGUGUGGCUGUGCCUUGGCAAGAGGAGCUGUGCCUUCGGUUCAUGAAGGAGGUCGAGACUCUCGUUCAGGAGAGGAGAACCCCCAAAUGAUUAUAGCAUCAAUACUAAUGGAUAGAACAAUGCAACCUAGCACAGCGAGGGUUAGAACAUCUCCAAGUUCACUUCUUAAAUAUGUUAAAAUGCAGGUUAAGGCAUGGUUAUUUGUUAAAUACAACUCAUCCUACUCAACAGGAGGCCAUUUAUGACUAAGGCCUAGUUCUCACAAACAGCAGAUGUUGUGCUUGCACUGUACUAUACUUCAAAUUGUACAUGAUCACAUGUUUCU